AGCCCUACAACCAGCCACUCAAACAAUAAUCAAUAAAGAAGAAAUCAAAGCUGUUGAAUAAAUAAAAAUAAAAAAAAUCAUAGGAAGACAUCUUCUUCUUCCGCGCUCGAUUCAAAGGAGAUUCGGCCGGCAAUUUCUACUUACCUUCCGGUUCCGGUUGUUCCCGGGCAGAUAAUUUCAUCGCCAUAGCUACGAAUUCUCUCCAGAGAAAUACAGAGAAGUGAAGCCGCCGACUCUCUCGUUCUCUACCCCGCGGCGCUCUUCGCCUCCCAUUUUUGUUUGAUCGAUCGUCAUGUCGUUUUCCUUCUUCAAGCCGUCGCGGCCCAAGACGCCGCAGGAGGUGGUGAGAGCGAUCAAGGAUAGCCUCAACGCUCUCGAUACCGAAACCGUCGUCGAUGUUAAAGCCCUCGAAAAGGCAUCGGAAGAAGUUGAGAAGAAUUUUGUGACUUUGAAAUAUAUGCUCCAAGGGGAUGCAGAGGUUGAACCGAAUAUGGAACAAGUUUCGCAGCUAGCCAUUGAGAUAUGCAAGGAGGAUGUGCUUACUCUUAUGGUUCACGAGUUACUCAAUUUAGGAUGGGCAGCAAGAAAGGAUUUAGUCCACUGUUGGUCAAUAUUGUUGAAGCAUAAGGUUGAGUCGACUCAUAGCUGCGUGGAGUAUAUUGAGAAUCAUUUGGAGUUAUUAGAUUUUCUUGUUGUAAGUGGGAUAGCCUCAAUUGUUGCUCAAGAUCUUUAUCUUCGGGUACUUAUCAAAUUCAGUGUUACUACAUGGGACUUAUUCUUACCUCUUUUCACCAGCUAUGAUAGCAAAGAAAUUGCCUUGAAUUGUGGACAGAUGUUAAGGGAAUGCAUCAAAUUUCCAACACUUGCAAAAUACAUACUAGAGUCAGCAUGCUUUGAGUUGUUCUUCAAAUUUGUGGAGUUGCCUAACUUCGACGUUGCUUCUGAUGCCUUCUCCACUUUCAAGGAUUUGCUUAGUAAACAUGAUACAAUAGUUGCAGAAUAUCUUACUGCACACUAUGCUGAGUUCUUUGAUCUGUAUGACAAACUUCUCACAUCCCCUAAUUACGUGACAAGAAGGCAAUCAGUGAAGCUUCUCUCUGAGUUCCUUUUCGAGCCUCCAAAUUCCAGCAUAAUGAAGCGCUUUAUUCUCGAAGUUCACUACCUAAAAGUCAUGAUGACAUUGCUUAAGGACUCGAGUAAAACCAUUCAGAUUUAUGCUUUCCACAUUUUCAAGGUCUUUGUUGCUAACCCUAACAAGCCACAAGAAGUGAAAAUGAUCUUGGCCAGAAAUCAUGAAAAGCUGGUGGAAUUGCUCAUAGACCUCACAGUUGGGAAAGGUUCAGAGGACGAACAGUUCGAAGAGGAAAAGGAAAUGAUCAUCAAGGAAAUCGUAAGACUAUCUCGCGUGCCUAAUCUUCUGAACAGUUAGGCUUGUGUUCGUUCUCGCCACGAUAAAUGCCUUUUAUCUCGUAUUACUGUUACUACAUGACGAUUCUCUGCAACCAUCUGCAUUUUGUUCGAUGAAAUUCAGUUGUUUCUGUAUUUGAGGCUUUGGAGAAAGCCCUGCCCAACUGCAUUCCUUCCUCCCUUCGCCAAGUAAAUAGAAGAUAAGUAUACAUCUGCGCAUAACUAAUUAUUUCGAGCUUCAAUUCAAGUAGCCAAACAGACAAAUUAUUCACUUCCCGAAACCCCACAAGAAAUCUGUGUUGUCACUAUUUCUCUGAGGAAAAAGCCUUUCACGGCGAGAUAAAAGUAUGUAAAUA